AUGUCUUUGGCCGUCACUCGUUGUGGCAUACACGCGUUUCACGAACAUCUCGGCAUCGACGUUGACAAGAUUCGUCUCUUUUGGGUUCUGCAUUCUGAGCGCGAGCAUGCGAAGCAGGUAGCAUAUCGUGUGGAGGUGUCCAAUUCUCCGGAGUUCGUCACCCCGCUCUGGGACUCGUCAAAAGUCGAAGGAUCACAACAACGUAACAUCUUGUGCCAGCCGGAUGGAGGAUUUGCAUCUGCAAGUUUUCACUACUGGCGCGUGACCAUAUGGGACGAUGAAGGAAAACAGAGCAAAUCUGGUGUUAAUGAAUUCUUUACAGCGUAUCCUCGGUGUAAUGGGCUUCUUCCACCUUACAGCAUGAACCAGACCUAUAUGCCACAUACCAGCCUCAUAUUCCGAACGUGGUUUGAAGAUGAGCCGAAUAGAUGGAAAAGCGUGUGGAUUGGCGACAACGGCGACAAACCGUUCUAUGUCCGUAAAGCAAUUGACCUGCCACGAAAACCAUCACGAGCCAUUGCGUUCGCCUCUGGACUUGGACAUUUCAACUUUGUGUGCAAUGGAGACCCCGCUGCUGCCAAUGAGCAUGUGCUAGAUCCAGGUUGGACGAACUAUCACAGGACAGUGCAAUUUGUCGCCUACGACAUUUCCAACAACCUUCGAGAAGGGGAGAACGUGCUCGGAGCACAUGUCGGCAACGGCUUCUAUGCUGGUGACCAGGGAGAAGAUCGUUUCUUUUGGCCUUGCUACGAAGACAACACGUAUGUCAGAUAUGGCAACGAACUCUGCGUCUUCCUAGAGCUACACCUAUUCUUCGAGGAUGGAAGCCGAGAAACUAUAAUCACAGGCCCGGACUGGAAGAUCAGGACGAGUGCUACGACUCUUGCAAAUAUUUAUUCAUCCGAGACCAAGGACUUCCGACAGUAUCCGGUUGGCUGGGAGCAUCCUGGUUUCAUUGAAGAUGAGGAGUGGAAGAAUGCAACGCCUGUUACUGGGCCAAGAGGAAAGUUGAAAUACCAAUCUCAGCCACCCGUGAUCCUUCAUGAGACUUUCGAGCCAGUUGAUACGAAAACUCUUGAGCCAGGCAUUGUCAGCUACGACAUGGGUCAAAACAUGACUACAAUGGUCAAAAUUCAAGUCAGUGGAAAGGCUGGCUCGGAAGUCAUUGUCCGCUUCUCGGAAACGAUUGAUGAUAGCGGCAGGGUUUUGAUGCCGGACCCGCUGUUCAAACAAUUCGAAACUGGCGUGUUCUGCAAAUUCACACUGGCGGGCACAGGCGUGGAGACUUGGGAGCCAGAUUUCUGCUUUACAUGCGCCCGUUACAUCCAAGUCGAAGGCGUGUCUAUCGAGGAAGGUCAAGAUUUUCCUGUCAUCCAUUCUUUGGUUUCCCGUCAUGUCUCAUCUGCAGCGCCGAAGCUCGGGUCGGUCGAAACGGACAAAGAAGAUGUCAACGCCCUGAUCAAAAUGUGCUACUGGUCCUUCGUCAGUAACAUGUUCAGCUACCAUACCGACUGUCCUCAGAUGGAAAAGUUUGCUUGGCUGGAGGUGACACAUCUGCUUGCUCCCGCAUCACAGUAUAUCCGCGACAUGGAAUCUUUGUAUUCGAAAAUAUUAGACGACAUGGUUGAUGCCCAAGAGCCGAACGGUCUUGUGCCCACCAUGGCUCCAGAAAUAAGAUACAUGUGUGGCCCGAUGCACGACACUAUUACCUGGGGCGGCGCAGCUGUAUUGUUACCAGAGUUGCUUCGCUUCUAUUACGACUCGACGCAUGUAUUUGAGAAGCUAUUCGAGCCAUGCGUACGCUACAUGGAAUAUAUCAAGACCAAGGAGCGUGAAGGAGGUCUCAUAGAGCACGGACUGGGAGAUUGGGGUCUCCGUGUAGCGUUUGGGAAUAACCAGGCGAAUAUAGAGACAGCGAUCUACUACUGCUGUCUACGCAACAUUCAGCGUAUGGCACGAGAACUCGGGCGGGACUCGUGCGAGAAGCGGUUCGCCGACUGGGCAGACCGAAUCUACAAGGUAUACAACGAGCACCUCCUUGUCACUGACAAAAAGCUCUACCCCUACGCCUUCUACACAUCGCGCGACGAGCCGGGCAAGCAGGACCGGAACAUGGUCGCACAAGCAUUCGCACUGCAAUUCGACCUCGUCCCCCACGAGCACGUUGCUGAUGUGCAGAAAGCGUUCCUCGAGGGCUGCGCCGCGGCAAACAAUCGGAUCCAAGCCGGUGAGAUUGGACUCAAGUUCCUGUGGAACACGCUUGCAGAUCUCGAUCGGCCAGACAUCGUACUUGAGAUGGCGCGACAAGAGGAACAUCCCAGCUACAUGCGCUUCAUCAGGCGGGGAGAGACUACGCUCAACGAAUUCUGGCAGGAUGCUUGUCGUAGUAAGAGUCACGACAUGUUAGGCACUAUCUACGAAUGGUUCUACGAGGCUGUCCUGGGUCUCAAACCCGAGAGCGAGGCGUACAGGACGUGGACUGUCAAGCCACCGUUUAGAAGCGAGUUUCGACACGUCAAAGGCUCGAUGGAGUGCCCGUAUGGGAAGAUUUCCAUUGAGUAUAACAAGGAACAAUCGGGAGAUGAAGAUGUUGUCACGAUGAAUAUAUCGGUACCGACGAGUACAACUUGUUUCUUACUACUCCCUCAUGUAUCCAGCUCAGUCAAAUUGGAAAGAAUAAGUAAGACGUUCAUUGCGGUCAGUUCGAGAUGGGGGCAGAGAAUAGGUAUCAAGCCAGGUCACUAUAGACUACAGAUAAGACCGUAG